AUGGACCACGCCCAGCAGCGCCUGUCCGUGCUGGCCAAGCAAUUCGGCACGGCCCACGAGUCCAUGGCCGGCCUUAGCCUACAGAGCUGCUCCGCCGGCGACUCAUCCGCCUACCAGCGCCAGGGCGCGGCCCUGGAUGAUGUGGUCAUUGUGUCUGCGCUGCGCACGCCCCUCACCAAGGCGCGCCGCGGCGGCCUGCGCGACACAGACGCCGUCGACCUGCUGGCCACCGUCUACCGCGCCACCCUCGACCGCACCCGCGUCGAGCCGGCCGCCCUAGGGGACGUCGUCGUCGGCUCUGUCCUCGGCCCCUCCAGCCAGCGCGCCAACGAGGCGCGCAUCGCCAUGUUCAUCGCCGGCAUCCCCGAGACCGUCCCCGUCCGCACCGUCAACCGCCAGUGCUCCAGCGGGCUGCAGGCCGUCGCGGACGUCGCGGCGGCCAUCAAGGCGGGCUACUACUCUGUCGGCCUCGCGUGCGGCGUGGAGACGAUGUCGGCGCACCCCAUGAGCUGGGAGGGCGGCGUCAACCCCAGGAUCGCCGACUUCCCCCAGGCCCAGGGCUGCCUGAUGCCCAUGGGCGUGACCAGCGAGAACGUGGCCGCGAAGUUUGGGGUGGACAGGCGCGCGCAGGACGCGUUUGCAGCGGCCAGCCACAGGAAGGCGGCGGCGGCGCAGGCGGGCGGCAAGUUCAAGGACGAGAUCGUGCCCGUGUCCACCAAGGUCAAGGACCCCAAGACUGGCGCGGAGACCCCCGUGGUGGUGUCUGCCGACGACGGCAUCCGCCCCGACGUGACCCCCGAGGCCCUGGGCGCCCUCAAGACGGUCUUCAAGCGCGACGGCACCACCACCGCCGGCAACAGCAGCCAGGUCGUUCUCGGCGGUGGGGGUGGACCCGGCGAUCAUGGGCGUCGGGCCGGCGGUGGCGAUCCCGGCCGCGGUGAAGGCGGCGGGGCUUACGCUGGACGACAUUGA